AUGUCAUUGCUACCCUUGAGCCCGGUCGAUUCGUGUAUUCGCAUUUUGUUUUUGGACGACGAAAAGAGCCUCAAAGGUACUGUAAUGUUUGGUAGUACCAUAGCUUUGCUCUGGUCUUUUUGUCUCGUACUGUAGUUUUUGAGACAGUACUUUUUGAUACUUAUAUUUUUGUAGUACUGUAACUUUUUUUAUUGACGUACUAUAACCUAGACAAAACAUGAUGAUUUCGUAUGUUUUUCGAGUAACAGGUGAUAACAUACAAUCGAUUACAAGAUUAUGUAACCGAAAACAAUACUGUAACAUUGAUAACCAGCCUCACAGACCAACCCGGUUCAAUAAUAUUUACUAAACAUUGUUUUUCCCGAUUCUCCAGAAUUCUUCCCAUUGUAAACGUUUUUCGAUAGACUGUAAAUUAGGGAAUUGCUAUGGAAAAACAACUGUAGGGGCAAAGGUGACUACCUGGAGGGACCCGGGCGCUGAUUUCCGGGUAAUCGCGCCGCUCUCGGGCUCGGCUCGCAACCCUCGCCGCUUUUCCCGAGGGGAGUGGCAACAAACGAGUUUUUUUGGGCGAGGAGCAGACGUUUUUUCUCAUUUUGAUUGCUCGUCGAAAGGUUUCGGGAAAAACAAAAACAUACCCAAAAUAGAGGGUACCUGACCCCCAGAUUACGGUCCUUUGUCUUUCCUUAUCACCCCCUUCUCCAUCAUUGUCUAACUCAUAACUGUUUUCAGAAGAACUGGUCUACGCUCAUCGUCAGGUCCUGAUCAAAUCACCCUACUUCUUGGCCUUAAUACAACAGAAUCCCCUGAACGCCGCCUUCACCCUCGAUCUUUCAUCGCUGGAUCGACCGGUCGAGUCGUUCAAAACCGUCCUGAGCCACCUCUACACCGGUCAACUGACAACGAGCUGUGGAGCCAGCCGACCGUCGGUAAGUUGAGUCACUCGAUAAGGUUCGAACAAAAGUGUCGUCUUAUCAGUCUCCAGCUGACAUUGUUUUUUCUUUUCCGGAAACUAAUAAUCGAAUUGUGAUUCCAGCUCCACUUUCUGGCUCAGCUGCUGCAGUUACCCUCCCUGAAACAGUUGUUGACCUUGGAAAAGAUGGCCGACUUCCCUGCCAAUCCGAAGCCUAGUCCUACCGUCGAGAAUGAGGCUUCUAAUCCCCAGUUUCCAACACUACAUCCGGCGUUGUGUGCUGGUGAGUACUAUGAUGGUUUCGAAAGAUAAGCGAACGAUAAUGAUCAUUUUUUAUAUUGUAGUAGUGAUCACGUAUAUUUUGGUACAAUUCUUUUAUAAUAUAAUACCUUAAUGCUUUUUUAUACCUUAAUGAUAAUCAAUAGAUAUUCUGAUUCCAGCCUACUUGAGCCUUCUACAGAACCAACAAAACACCCAACUGCUACAGGGUUUCCUUCAGCAAGCUCAGGCCAAUAUGCAGAUGCUGGCUAGCCAAAACCACUCCACCUCGUCCAUCUUUCCGACCACAAAAGCCGUGACGCCAUUGACGGAAAUGCGCACUUCCGAAUCCGAACAGUAAGUGAUAAGACGCUAAUUACAUAACUAACUACCGCUUUCAAUUUGUCGAAAUUUCUAUGUUUUGAUGCUUUAAAAACUGAUUUUUCUCAAAAUUCAGUUUAUGUUAAAAGUACAUUCUUACACUUUCCAAGAAAGCCCUCUUCUGUCGAUUCCAAGAAAGUAAUAUCAUCGAGAUUCUAAGAAAACAAACGCUGUUUUUGUAUGGAAGUUACUACAGUUCUUACUAUUGUAAAGCGGAGAUACCUUUUUGUUUACCGCCCAGACUUAAAAGGGCAAAAAUAACUAUCGGAGAACGUCUAGGAACUUUUAAAUUUGUUUGAAUUUGGGUUGAAAAACACGUGGAUACGGUAGCUGUUAGCACAAUAACAACAUUUCGUUAUGUUGUAGUAGGGAGAUUACAGUUUGUUUUGUACGGUAACACUUGUUUGGGCAAUAAGUGUGUAACGAUCACUGCUACAGUUUAUUCAGUAUAAAAUAUCAUUUUUGGUCAACAAGCUUAACAAUGUAAUCAGUUUUACACAGUAAGUUUUGAAGCCAUUACAGCUUUAUAUAGUAAUGUCUUCGAGUUACUGUGAUGAGCUUGCCAUUAGCUGCUUGUCCGAAAGCCGAUUUCUUAUCUGCAGCCCUAAAGGUAUUGGGAUUCGUGGAGAAACCCUUUUAUUGUGGGCGCCGAAAUGUAAAAACAAAACGCCCUUAGGCGGAUUUGGGGUGAGGGUGGGGAUUUCUUUACAACGGUAAUAAUAACACUAAUACUACUUAGCACAACUAACUGAACUUUAAUUAAUGAAACCACUAAUCUCAGGUUCAUUAAGUGAACACCGAUAUUACUGUAGUUUUUAUUACAAUAGAUUAAAGUAAACUUUGGACUGUUUCGAAAAUCUUACAGAAUUUCAAAAUUUUAAAAAUUUAAAAACUUUUUUUGAUUUUAGCUGAGCUGUUCUUCCAGUUAGAUAAAUCAGUUUGAAAGCCCAAAGCUUCCUGAAAUAAAUACCGUAGUAAGAAUGAGCGAUUACCCUUGUUACAUUACUCACGAGAUACUGUAGAAAGUACUUCGCCGGAAACCGAGAUGACGCAAUUAUUGGAAUUAAAGUUUCGGCAAAAUGAUUAUUUUUGGGAAGAUUAUAAGCCUUGUUUACGUAGUAUGAGUUACGCAAUUGCAAACGUGAAACAUUAAAAGGAAUGAAAUACAUUUCAAAUGUCAAUGUACUUAGUAUUAAUAUGUCAUCUUCAAUGUAUCCUCUUUUCAAAUAUACAAAAUGGGUCAAACUUAAUGUCUAAAACCUUAAAAAAUCAUUUUCAUAAAAUGAUAGACCAAAACAACUUAAAAUUUCAAAAAAAUUUAAUGUUAAAUUCAGCAGUUUCAGAUCAGAAGCCCCAAGCGUAGCCUCGAGCUGUUCGGCCGGCUCCAACAAUCCUCCUUCAGUACCGUCCUCCUCCCCCAUCGACAGCCUUAAUGACAUUCUGGUACCCUCGAACGAGAAGGAGGGGUGGUGCAGAAACAAAAAGUACAUCCAAACCGUGCAGAAGGGCUACAGAUGCACAGUAUGCAACAAGGUGUACGGCAGAUACAACUCGGUAUCAUACCACGUCACCAUCUACCACCGUAACCCGCCCAUAAAAUGUGAAGAACAGGGGUGUCAGUUCACGACGAGGGAAGCACGGUACAUCCACUUCCACAAGUACUACCGUCACGGCGUUCCAUUGCCAGAGAGCAUCGAUUUGGGUAUGUUGUAGUAGACAUUGUUUGACCAAAGUAGCCUUAAAUUCUUUCGAAGAACAGCUGAUAUUACAGUAGAUUACCCGUUAUCUUUAUUCUAAUUUCUGAACCCUCAAAUCGAACGUUAUCACAUUGUUACCGUACCCUUUCAGCCUCCCGGAAAUGCCCAUUCUUUUCCUGUAAACAUGUCAGCAAGAGUCCGGCGAUGCUUGACAAGCACAUUAACCGUCAUGUGGCCGAUUGCACCAAAGAUGGCCAGAACUACAACUGUCCCAAGUGCCCCUACGGUACCACCGAGCAGCGCGAGAUGUUCUCCCACUUGAGAGCACAUCAGUUAGGGACACACGUGCCUGAGGCUGGAGGGCCUUUGAAGGGAAUAAAGUUGGAUUGCGACAAGUGCAACUUCAAGUAAGGAUAAUACCUGUUUAUAGACAACGCUAAUACCUUUAUACGAAUCAUAUUAAUGACUAGUAGUGUAUUAUGCAAUUUUAUGACUAAUAAAUACCUAUACACCACUAAUGUUUAUCUACAACAAUAUAGAUAAGUCAUCAUGUAUACUUGUAACAGCAUCUUAUAGUACCCAUUUCAGAGCAGUGACAGAACAUGGGUUGGAGAAGCACAAGACCACCAAACAUAUCAAGUCUGAUGUAGCGCCGCUUCACUUUGGAGGCAUCGACUUGGCUACAGCGUUGAAGGCGCUUCCAGCCUUCCAGAACAACUUCUUGAAUCAUUUCAAUCAAACUGGCUAA